AAAAAAGACUUUUUUGGCGGAAAAUUGGCUGAAUGUAUUAUCGAAGCAAAAUGAGUAAACGCCCUCGGCAGCUGCAUGUAAAUCAUGCCUAUUUCUUUGCUCUUGAUAAUCGGCUACUAAAUCUUGACCUUCAGUAUCUUGUGCGUUAAAAGAAAUGUCGUGAUUUCCUCCUUCGAUAACCUAAAAGUGAAUUUUUGAUCAAAUCAAUCAUUUGAAAAUAAUAAAGUCAUACCUGAUAUUCCGCAGUGAACCUUUGACCAGUUUUAAUUCGAUGGUAAAAGCAAUCACGUUUAACAGGCAUAAUUUCGAACGUCAGUUCAUUUUCAUAACAUGAUAAUUUCCCUGAUAGUAUACUUAUACAAACAAUAAACAAACUCUUCACUACAUUUAUACCCAUUUUAAAAACUUUUUAGGCGAAUCGGCCGGAGCGAUAUAUAGAGCUGAGCGAAAGACAGAAAUUAGUUUUGGCGCAUGCGCUAAGGUCCAAUUCCGAUUGAAAUCAAGCCAAGCAUUUUAAGUAAAUAGAUCGUCGUACCUACUCUGAUAAGAAGUAUUAAAAGCUUUUUAUAGAUUAUUUCUCGCAGUCCCUUCUUUAUCAGUGGUUGUUUAUAGCUGAAAGAAGACCAUUUAUGUAAAAAGAAAAUAAAGCGCAAAUUCAAAAUCAAGUCAUAUUUACAUACAAGUUUUAUUAAAGUCAAUAAUUAUGUCAACGAUGGCUUAGUUUUGUUCCUAAACAAAUAAGAUUUCUUCUAAAGCAAAAAAACAUAUUAUCAUAUUUUUACGAUUCCUCUAGUAUAUCACACUCUCUUCAGAGUUUAGUAUUAACGGAAGUAGUAAAUUGAAAAUAUCCAUUUCCGGAAAUUUCAUUGACACUUUUGAAAUGUUGUUAAAAUGAAUUCGCUAAAACAAGAGUAUUCAAGCACCGAUUUUGUGGAUAAAUACUGUGAAAAUAAGCGACAAGAUAUGAACGAUGUAUGUGAUCACGAAUCAGAUCGAAGGAAAUCGGUUAAUAGGAAGAGUUUGAAUAAAAACAAUAAAGCACCCCAAAUACAAGAUUUUAAUGUCAUCAAACCCAUAAGUAAAGGUGCUUUCGGAAAAGUUUAUUUGGGGUGCAGAAAAGAUGGUGAUGGAACGAAAUAUGCAAUAAAAGUUAUGAGAAAAGAGGACGUAAUUAAAAAAAAUAUGAUAAACCAAGUUAUUGCGGAAAGAAAUGCCAUGGCCGUGUCAAGAAAUGUUUUUAUUGUUCACCUAUAUUACACUCUGCAAAGCAAUGAUACCUUGUACUUUAUUAUGGAAUAUAUGAUAGGAGGAGAUUUAAAAUCAUUGCUCACAGUUUUCGAAUGUUUUCCAAUGGGUAUGGUACAAUUCUAUGCAGCGGAAAUAAUAAGAGCCCUAGAAUAUUUACACUCGAAGCACAUUGUACACAGGGACUUGAAACCGGACAACGUAUUAAUCUCGGCUACAGGACAUCUAAAAUUAACUGAUUUUGGAUUAUCAGAAGUUAGAGAGUACAAUGAUCUAUCGGUUAUAGAUGUUAUAAACACACCUGCCAGAAACCGUACAGUUCAACAUUCAAGGUUCCUCAGAACACCUGGUCAGGUACUUUCUCUAACAAUGCAUCUUGCUUUUGAUGAGACUCCUAAGCGUCAUACAUCGGCUUCUGUUACUCACGACUCACUUCGUAGACGUACAGUUCAGUCUCCCUUAAGAAAAAGGCACCUUUCACGAGUCUGUGCCUCACCAGCUUUAUCUAGGUGUCAGAAAAUUGAUUCUUACCCACCACCUUCGUCUACGUCUUCAUUAUCUGACAGUUUAAACAUAGCAUACAGACGUUCAACCGUUUCAUCCGUUAACGUGUCUGCUUUUUCUAAAGACUCUAGCACUGAUCAAUCGGAAGUGUUUACACGAGCAUCCUGCAGCCUCUCCCCUGACAGAUUUCAUAAAUGGUCUAAAGGAGACACUGGAGUGGAUGUUUUCCCUAUUAUCGAGUUGGAAGAACUCGAAUCUAAUAGGGGAGACAAAACUAAUCGCCGAGUAAGACAUCAUGUAUCAUCAAACGAAUGUAGUGAAGAUGAUGAUGAUUUAAGCGGUAUACCUUGUGACUUGGAUUUAUUGCCCGAUUGUCUCGAAAGCGACCAAGAUUCCGUUUGCGAGAAAAUGGAAAACCUGAACAUUUCACCUUCAGAUAUAAAGGCUGAAAAUACAUCAACAGAGAAGGGUGAAAAUUCCCGUUUUAGAGUUAUGGGUACACCCGACUAUUUAGCCCCAGAAUUACUUCUUGGUUCAAAUCACGGUCCUGCUGUUGAUUUUUGGGCUUUAGGAGUCUGCAUUUAUGAAUUUAUAUUUGGUUUUCCACCUUUUAAUGAUAGUACCGUGCACGAUGUGUUUAAUAAUAUAUUAAGGAGGGACAUAGCUUUUCCGGAGGAUACCAAUGAAAAUGGUCUGGCAUGUCAGAAAGUUAUUGAAAGUCUAUUAUCGGUAGAUCCUGAAAAAAGGCCUAAUUCAAGUUCAUUACGAAGUCAUGCCUUUUUUUCGAAUAUAGAUUUUGAGCACGUUCACGAAAUGAUUGCCCCAUUUAUACCUCAGCCAGAUGACGAUACAGAUACAAGCUAUUUUGAACCACGAAAUAACCUAAGAAACAUUGCCAUGAAUUCGGGAUUAGAUUUAUAA